GGGAGCUGAGCGAAAGCGUAGAUCAAGGCAGCGAAAACCUCCUCGUGAGAUCCACCGUUCUCGGUCAAGAAGAUACGGAGAGGGUUGGGCAAGUCGCCCUUCUUGAUGGCAGGCAAGAACUCUGUAAAUGGGCUCCGCAGGCUUCUCUUCGACAACCUUGGCCUCAGCAGCCUUGGCCGCGGCCUUCUCCUUCUUAGCCUUCUCGACAGCAGCGCAACAUACGCGGCGAGGGCAUCAGCCUGCUUCUUCGCCUGGGCCUUCUUCUGCGCAUCGGCCUCAGCCUUCUGUUCGGCCUCGGUCUUAGCGGGAUCAGCGACAGGGGCGGGCGAGUUGGACUUCUCGACCUCCUCAAGAGCAACUUCGGCAGCAGCCUCAGCCUCGGCCUCGGCCUCCUUGGUCUCCUCAGCAAGCUUCUUGCCAGCGGCCUCAGCGACGGUCUCCGUCUCGCCCUCCUCCUUGGAGGUAGCGACGGUCUCAGCAGCAUCGCUCUUGGGGGCACCCUCGGUGGCAGCAGCAGCCUGCUUAGCAGCCUGCUUCAAGACAGCAUCCUCAUGGGCCGACUCAGCAGCCUCCUCAGGGGUAGGAGCCUCAGCAACGACAGCAGCCUCAGCAGGGGAGCCAUCGGCGGGCACGGCCUCGGAGGGCUCGACGUCGGAGUCGCCAGCAUCGGCAGCAGUCUCAGCAGGAGCAGCGUCGGGCGACUUCUGGUCAGCAACAGCGACGGCGGGAGCACCAGCGGCAGCACCAGCGGCUCCAGCGAUGGGAGCAGCGACCGGAGCCUCAGGAGCCGCAUCGGCAACAGGUGCAGCGGGAGCGGCCUCAACAGGAGCAGCAUCACCGUUCUCCUCAGGGGCCUGCUGACCAGCAGCAUAAGCAGGGGCAGAUGUCGUGACUCCAGAGAUCGGCGCGGCGACGGCGGCGCCGGCGGCAGCGU